AAAAUUCAACCCGCGCUCACUCGUUCCCGGUGUUUUUGACAUUACAGACGUUUAAGGGGCAUAUGCUUUAAAAAAGAAAUAAUUAAUUAAUUGAUUAAAAUGUCUCGUACUCCGAAAAGAGCUUGUUCCAGUCCUCUAAACGAUAGUCUGGAGAAGAGAUUAAAACGGGUGUCUAUUGAAGGAAAUAUCGCGGCGGGAAAGUCAACGUUUGUCCGCCUGCUGGAGCAACAUGAUAAAGAGUGGGAAGUGGUGCCCGAGCCCAUCGCCAGAUGGUGCAAUGUACAAACCCAACAUGGCGAAUUUGAGGAGCUGACCACAUCUCAGAAGAGUGGGGGGAACGUGCUGCAGAUGAUGUACGAGAAGCCAGAACGCUGGGCUUACACAUUCCAGAGUUAUGCAUGCAUGAGCCGUGUGCGUGCCCAAAUCAACUCGGCCAAUGGGAAACUGCGCCACGCUGAGAACCCAGUGCAGUUCUUCGAAAGAUCUGUGUACAGUGAUAGGUACAUCUUUGCAGCGAAUUUGUAUGAGAGUGAGUGCUUAAAUGAGACUGAGUGGGCCAUUUACCAGGACUGGCACAGCUGGUUGCAUAAACAAUUCGGCCAGCACAUUGAGCUGGAUGGCAUUAUUUACCUGCGGGCUAAACCAGAGAGGUGUCUGGAGAGGUUGCACAUUAGAGGCAGAGAGGAAGAGCAAGGGAUUCCACUGGAGUAUCUCGAGAAACUACAUUACAAACACGAGUGCUGGCUGCAGCACAAGACCCUGAGUAUGGACUUUGACUAUCUUUGUGAGGUUCCUGUUCUCACACUGGACGUCAAUGAUGACUUUAAAGGCAAUAAAAUCAAAUGUGCAGACAUGAUUGAAAAGGUGAAAGACUUUCUCAGCUCUCUCUGACUCACAGGAGUAUAACUGGAUGUAUUUGUUUGUGUCUGUGUGUGUCUCUGUGUGUAACAUUAUUGAUUAUUGUAUUGUAUUAUUGAUUUUAUUGUUUUAGCAGUAUAACUUUAACUACAGCAAUAUAUUCUUGGACUUGACAAUGAAGUUGCCUGUAAUGUUAGCCCCUUCACUCUAAUCUCAGUACUGGAUGUAAAUCAUAUUGGAUUGAAAAUUUAAUGGAAUUGAAAAUAAAGAUUUCAGGCUAUGGUUAUAGUAAAGUAUAUUGCAAGCUUGGCAAGAAAGAGCUGUACAGAGCUGUAACAUGAACAUCAUGAGCAUUAAAAAAUAAGGUACUCCUCAAAGGAAUUAAAGGAACAUUUUGAAAACACAUCAGAUCUCAAUGGGGAAAAAUAUCAUGCUGGAUAUCUAUACUGAUAUGGACUGGGUAAUGUGUUAGAAAUGAAAGGAUGCCACAUUGUUUGAUGGAAAUGAAAAACCUACAGAGGGCUGAAUUCAAAGACACCCUGAAAAUCAAAGUGAAAAAAUGAUGCAGCAGGCUAGUCCAUUUUGCUGAAAUUUCAAUGCAGCAACUCGAAAUGGAACUCAGUAGUUUGUAUGCAUGCCUGACAAAGUUGGGGCAUGCUCCUAAUAAGGCGACAGAUGGUGUCCUAGGGUAUCUCCUCCCAGAUCUCGACCAGGGUAUCACUGAGCUCCUGGACAUACUGAGGCAAAACAGGCAAGUUUGUGGCAUGGGAAGAGACGUGGCCGUUUUUUGUCCUUUAAGCCCUUCUCUCACAGAUGCCGUCUUAUGGUUAUUGGGCUGCAGUCAGAAUCAGUAAGGGCCUUUAUUUGGGACGACAAUCUUCCUGUGUCUUGAUGGACAGCCCAUCAGAUCCUCCUGCUCAGUGCAUGUGAAAUUCUUUGGGUCUAUCACUUGACUUUUUUGUCCCAUAACUCUUAAAAUCUUUUAAGAAAUUUAAAAUGACUGUCUUACUGCAUACAACCUUGACAGCGAUGGUGCGUUGUGAGAGGCCUUGCUUGUGCAGCUCAACAAUCCUGCCACUUUCAAAGCCACUGCCACUUUUUUAACUUUUAAAGGCUAUUGAUCAGCUGAUAAACAGCCUGUUUGAGUUCAGUUUUCAAUAAAUUGCCUGCUCUUUAUUUUUUCUCUCUUGCUCUUGUUUCUUCUUCUGGCAUUUUCAAGCAGUACUUUCAACCUGGUUAGGAUUCGCAAAAUGCGAAUACGUGUAAUGUUUCCCCUGGUCUUAAGAUUUUGUUCAGAAGUGUAUAUAUAUAACAGUAUAUAUAUUGGAUUACCUUUGUUUAGUCCUGUUAGGCAUACACUUUUCCAUUAAAUCUGCCAAAGGGCACAAUUGGUUUGUUAUGGUUGGUGUUUUGCUUACUAAUUCAAAAAUAAGAACAUAUUUUCAUGCACAUAUUACUCAGAACAUGGAGCAAAAAUGCAGGUGUAAACACAAAAAGCACAUGCUAUAUUCAGUUUAUACACUGAUUGCAAUUUUGGUGCUAUUAUGGGAACAACAUGUCCUAUAAAAACAACUUAUUACGAAUAAACUGCAGUGAACCAUUAAACUGAAAUGCCUUUUUUAAUCAUUUAGUGAUAAUCAAAAUAGCAAAUAAACUACAAAAAGUCAACUCUACCAAUCAAGUCUCUAUCCUAAUCUCAUGAAAGUCAUGAAAUUAGUUAUAAAUCCUGGCAAAACAUAUUGUGUUCCAAAUGAAGCGGUUUACAAAUCUUGCAUAAUUGUAUAACCUCAGUAUUAGAAAAGGAAAAUUGAUGCUUA